AUGGCGUUCACAACAGACUAUAUUCUCGAUGGUAUCCUCGCGCUGUCAGCCCUGCAUAUUGCAAGGUACAACAGCAGCCGAAAGCAUAUUCUUCUCCCGUAUGCCAUUGAACGACACUCAUUAUCUCUGUCCAAGGCCCUUCCGCUUAUUCCUGUCGUCACGCCGCAAAAUUCCCCUUCGCUUUUCGUCUUUGGCAUGUUAGCUUUGCUUUUCAAUCUCGCACGACCUAUCGAGAACAAGGAUGUGUCGGCUUUUAGCAAUGGUGUAAUCCCAGAAUGGCUUUAUCUCAUGCACGGUGUCGAUACAGUUGUCAUGGCUGACCGAUCGAUAUUGUCUUCUCCUGUCUGCUUGAUUUUCAAAACUACCUGGGGCAGUCGAGACUACUGGAUGUCCCAUUCACCCGAAAAAUAUCAAGUCCUUGUAGAACUUGAAGACAGGAUUUGCGAUUUCGAGGAGGGCGAAGAAAAAAAACGGACCCUGCAAAACACUAUCGCGGCAUUAAGCCGAAGUUAUUCCUUUUUGUACGGGCGGGACUUCAAGGACCAAGAUAAACUCCGGGGCUUUUAUAUAUGGCUAUACGAAGUUGAUAACUCCUUCUUUGACUUGGUCAAGAAUGGCGACAACGGGGCACUAUGUGUUCUAGCUUUUUAUGCAGUUUUGAUCAAGGAUUUAGAGAAAUAUUGGUGGAUGGAGGGAUGGGCGGUCCAUUUGAUUCGGGGAAUUUAUAUGCUUUUAGAUGGGGAACAUCGAAUAUGGAUCCGAUGGGCCAUAGAAGAGAUUGGAUGGGUGCCAGAUGCCAGUCUGUUGCUAUGGUGA